GGUGUUGAUACGUGGCCGUGCUGGCUGCUUUUCAGCAGGAAGAGACGCCGCUCCGUGUUCCGGUUAAUUCCCAGUAGUUUGGACCAAAACCGAACCUCCUCCGUCUCCAGCUGCUGCUACCGGCCACCGGAGCUCCAUGUCCGCUGCGGAGGGGAGGAGGAGAGGCUAACCGGAGAGCUACCGUCAGCCCGCCGCUCGGUGCCGGUGACCGUCAGAGCUGGUUGUUGCAUGUGACCGUCAGCCAUGAGCGCCGAGCCGGACGCCCUCGCCGUGGUCAACCAGCUGAGGGACCUGGCUGCAGACCCCAUGAACCGCAGGGCCAUCGUCCAGGACCAGGGCUGCCUGCCGGGACUCAUCCUGUUCCUGGACCACCCCAACCCUCAGGUGGUCUACUCCGCCCUGCUGGCCAUCCGGUACCUGGCAGAAUGUCGAGCCAACCGGGAGAAGCUGAAGGGGGAGCUGGGGAUGAUGCUGAGCCUCCAGAACGUCGUUCAGAAGUCGACGACUCCCGGAGAGACGAAGCUGCUGGCGUCAGAGAUCUACGAGCUCCUGCAGGCGUCCAGCGGAGCCGAGUCGGAGCCGGCCGAGGAAACCGUCAGCAGCCGGCGGAAGGCCCAGUUCUUCCUGGGAUCCAGCAACAAGAGGGCCAAGACCGUCAUCCUCCACAUCGACGGGCUGGACGACUCGGGUCGUCGGAGUCUGUGUGAGGAGGCUCUGCUGAAGAUCCGAGGAGUCAUCAGCUUCACCUUCCAGAUGGCCGUCAAGAGGUGCAUCGUCCGAAUCCGCUCAGACCUGAAGGCCGAGGCUCUGGCCUCUGCCAUCGCCUCCACUCAGGUGAUGAAGGCUCAGCAGGUGGUGAAGGCCGAGAACGGAGACGAGGUGUUGAUCCCGUUGGCGGAGGACGGCUCGGUGGAGGUGGAGCAGAACGUGGACCUGCCGGACUACCUGCCUGAAGACGAGAGUCCGUCUCAGGAGCCCGACAAGGCGGUGAGCCGGGUGGGAUCGGGCCAGGACGGGGCCAGCUGGCUCGGCGCCGCCGCCAACUUCCUGUCGCGCUCCUUCUACUGGUGACCCUGCACAGGGCGCCGAUCCCCCUCGCCCUCCGUCAGACCCCCGCCUCCUCCCACAACCAAAACCUUCCAGCUGCCAAAUCUCACCACCAGGGAGGCUGUGAACCAGAACCGCCGUCUCCAGGACCGGUCCACUCGUCGGUUUCCUUGGCGACGCCGUAAACAGGUGUUACUAACCAAAUUGUCUUAACGGACAGGAGGCGUCCUGCAGUAACGUGAACAAACAGUUAAAUACAAAGACCUGAACCUUUGACCUGUUGAGUAUUUAUUGGACCAAACCAGGUCCACAAACACCAGCCUCUUGCUGGGACACGUUUUAUCUAGAGUUUACUGGUCUGCUGUCUGGGACCCACAACCAAGUUCUAAAAGACUUCUGUUUACCUUCAACUAACCAUCUCUCUGAGAAGCCAUUUAAAGGUUAUCGUAGGAAAUUCAGUAGAAACCUACUGGAGUUCUCUUGUAGGUUCUUGAAGACAGCCUCACUUUGUCUUCAAGAACCUACAGGAGAACUCCAGUAGGUUUCUACUGAAGCUGCUACAAUUAUUUUAAAAGUUCAGCAUCUACAGAAAUAGAACUCCAACAGUCAUGAAAUGUGGUGAGAACAGACAGAAUAGUUUCAUCAGAUCAGAAUGAUUGAAUGGAUCCAGCAGAAGACGUAAUUGUAGUUAAUGGACCUUGGAAAUGAAGAAAAGUGAAAAAAAUUCAAACUUUCAAAAAUUCCUGUUAGUGUUUAUAUAUGGAUGGAUCCGUAUUUCUGCUAAAAUCCAGUCUUUGGUCCACAUUUCACCAACUUUUGAGUCUCUAAAAUCAGUAGAAUCUGAUGUGUUAAAGUUUGAUCAGACAAGGUUCCAGUUUUUAGAUGUUUAGACUAAAUAUUGACGUGGGCUCAUUGGUAAGAACCAGAACCCGGAGUUCAUAGAGGUCUAGAUGUUGGUGUUCAUAGAGGUGUAGAUGUUCCUAGAGGUCUAGGUGUCCAUAGAGAUCUAGAUGUUCAUAGAGGUCUAGAUGUUGGUGUUCAUAGAGGUCUAGGUGUUCAUAGAGGUCUAGAUCUUUAAUUAACAAUAUCUGAGGCUGAUUUGACCUUACAGAAUGUUUCUAUCCAGAUAUCUGUCUGUUCUCACCACGUUUCAUGACUUCAGAAGUUGUAUUUCUGGAGAUACUGAACCUUUAAAGGGCUUCACAGCUAAGACAUUUUUAAAAGAUGAAAUAGAGAAUUUCCCAGGUGUGAAAAAAUUGAUGAAAUUCUCCAAAUUCUGCCAGUUUUUUUUAAAGAAAUCAUAGAACUUAGUUUUUGGCCCCAAUUAGCACAAUUAUGAAGACUGAACAAAAUCAGCGUUUCUGACUUCAGUCUGAAGCUGCAGAGACUUCCUUUAUUAAUGAUCUAAUGAGCUGAACGUCGAUCACGUCUCUGAAGUCCUGAAAACCCCUCAGAAUGAAGAACACUCGUCUUCAUUCUACUGAUUAGAGUCAUUCCAUCAAACAUCAGUCAGAGCCCCAGACCAGAACCUCCUCAGAACAUCUGGUUCUUCAUCUCCAGUAACUUUAUCAAUAAUCAGACUUCUACCUUCAUACUGGGAAUAUUUCCAGAGUUCCAGGUUCUUCAAGUCCACAGAGGAGAACUUCCCCUGGAGAAAGUUCUAGAGUAGACCUACCGACAACUGGACAAUUGGUAGGUCUACUCUAGAACUUUCUCCAGUUGUCGGUAGGUCUACUCUAGAAUUUUCUCCAGUUGUUGGUAGGUCUACUCUAGAACUUUCUACAGUUGUCGGUAGGUCUACUCGAGAACUUUCUCCAGUUGUCAGUAGGUCUACUCAAGAACUUUCUCCAGUUGUCAGUAGGUCUACUCUAGAACUUUCUCCAGGGCACGUUCUCCUUUCCUGCUUCCAGUCUUUCAGUUUAGUCUCACUGAGAACAUUCCAGGUCCUUGAAGUCCAUAGAGGUGGAUCCAGAUUUAUCACUUUUUAAUGGACUUUUUCCAUCAUUUCUGAUCCUCAGAACUUCAUCAGUCCAGCAGAUAGAACCAUGACAUUUAGGAGAAGAAACACAUCUGAGUUCUGGGAAAAACUAACACCACUUCAGUUUUGCAUCCAUCCAGGUGUCACAGUCUAAAGAAUAAAUUCAUUUUUUGCUAUGCAGGAUUUUUUUCCUAGAAUUUUGGAAUCAUUUUGAUGAUUUUCAUCAUUCUUAACAAAUUUAGGCUUUUCAGACAAAUUUUAAAUCUGUAGUGGACACUUAUUGACUCAUUUUGGUUCACGUUUGGACAAUCUUUGAUCAUUUUGUACAAAUUUUAAGUGAUUUGGGGAAAUUUUUGAGUGACUGAACAAAUUUCAUGUCAUUUUGAAUCAUUUUCAACAACUUUUAGGUAAUUUUGGACAAAGUUUGAGUCAUUAAGGACUGGAUUUUUGUCAGACAAAUUAAAGCAAAAAAAAAAAACUUAAGUUAUUUUGAUCAUUUUUUGAGUACAUUUGGACAGCUUUUUGUAAUUCUGGACAAAAUAUAUGUAGUUUUAUGUACAUUUUCUCUAUAACCAGGUGUGAUCAUCAGUAUUAUGGGAUGUAUCCUAGUGUGAACAGUUCAGAGUCCUAGAAACAAUCAUUGAUUCCCUGGAUGUGUUUCUGGUUUCUGAUAAUCCACCAGUGAAAACAUUAGAAGGUGAUUGUGGGUGAAUUUUAGUGCUGGUAGGUGGUUGGUCAGAACUGGACCAAGGACCAUCUGGAGACUGGGCGAACUUUAAUGUUGGUCGGAGCAGGUUCUAGUCACUGUGAAGGUAGAAAUUUGUUUCAUUAAAUAAAGUUACUGUCGGCAGGUUCUGUGGAGGUUCAUACAGUUUGGGUUGAUUUUAUACCGUUUUAUCAGUGGAGUCAGAAACAGAACAAAUUUUCAGUAGAAGUGCAAAUAUAUUUCAUCAGUUUUUGCAGAACUUCCAGAACUCCUCACCAUGAGAAGGUUGUGGGUGUGGUAGUGUUUUAACUGGAUGAGGAGGUCACAGGUUUAAUUCCUGGUGGCUUCAGUCCAGCUUCAGGUCGUCUGUUUACACCACCAGAGCCAUUCAGACUGAGCUCUGACGUUAGAGCGGAGGAUCAGAACUCUGGUCCUGCUUCAUGGAGCCAUGUUACCGAUUCCUUCUUCCUCUAUUGGAGACCAGUUACAGUUUGUGACUCUUUUCUUUUGCACACUUAAAUCUGAUGGUUUGAAGAGGAGGAAUGAGCGGCCUGGACCUCGUCAGAAUCAGCUGAUGAUGACUUCAUUUCCUGCUGGUUGAUCAAACGUCAGAAACUUUCCAGCUUCAUACAUUCAGGUUUUAUCAGAGCAUAAGUCCAAAACCCCCAAAUUAGCUUCCUGGGAGGUGUGAUGUAAACAUUCAGAGACUUUAAAAACCUGAUCUGUGUGAUUUCUCCUUCUAGACGUGUUUCCUUCUCUGCUCCCAGAGCUCCUGCAGCGUUUCCAGCCUUCCUGGAGUCUUGUUCUGUCCACAUGUUGGCUGGGAUGAAUCCAAACACACCUUCAGCUGAGUUUAGAGCCAGAAUCCUGAGAGAAAAAGUCACAUUUCUGACUGAAAGACAAGAACCUGAAAUUAAAGGCAAAAUGUAGAGAAAACAAGUAACACUUAAAGAGAUUAGAGUCAGAAUUCUGGGUUUAAAGUCAGAGUUUGUGGAGAAAAUGGACAGAAAUCAGAGAGAAAAGUCUCAAAUCUGCGUUAAAUUCAGAAGGAAUGGGAAAAAAUCCAACUUCAAAGACAGAAAUUUCACAAUGUGAAAAUUUAUAGAAUAUAAAUUUAAAUUCAGAGUUCAGAGCCAGAAUUCAGAGAAAUAAGGAAAAAAAAAUCUGAUUUUAAAGACAGAAGGUUCAGAUUAAAGUCAGAGUUUAAAGAUAAAAAGUCAGAAUUCAGAGUUUAAAAUAAGAAUUUUGGGCGAAUAAGAAGUCAGAAUUUUAAAUAAUGCAAAAAAUCCAAAGGAGAAAAGUCUAAAUUCUGGCAUCAAAGUCAGAAACUCACGAGUUUAAGUCAGAACUGAGUGGAAAAAAGUUUUAAAAAAUCGGUUUUAAGACUGAAAUUUGAGUUUAAUGUCUGAAAAAAGUCAGAAAUCUGAGUUUAAAGUCGGAAUUUUGAGAUUAAAGUCAAUUAUUUUUAAAGACAUCAGAAUUUGGUGGAAAAAAGUCGUCGGAAUUUUAUAUCUGAAAUUUGAUAUUAAUGUCAGAAUUCUGUGAAAAAUAGUCAAAAACCAGAUUUUAAAGUCAAUGUGGUGUGAAAAAAAUCAGAAUUCUGAGUUUUAAAUUUGAAAUUUGAAAUUAAUGUCUGAAUUCUGUGACAGAUGGUCAGAAUUCUGAGUUGAAAGUCAAAAUCCUGAGUUUUAAAUCAGAAAUUUCAGAUUAUUGUUAGAAAUUUGUUGGGAAAAAAAGUGAAAAUUCAGAAUUUUAAAUUUUAAAUUUGAGAUCAACAGAAGCCGGGAGUCAAAAGUCUGAGUUUAAAUUCCAAGUUCUGUCUUUUAAAGUCAGAAGUUUGAGUUUUAAAUCCUAUAUAUGAGAUUAAAAUCAGAAUUUGAUAAAAGAAAAAAGUCAGAAUUCAGAGUUUACAGUCAGAAAUUUGAGAUUAUUGUAAGAAUUUGUUGGAAAAACAGUCACAAAUCUGUUAACUGGGGCAGGUCUUCAUAGAGCCUCUGCAGGAUAAAUAAAGUCAGAAUUCUGUGGGAGAAAAAAAAUCUGAAUUCUGAGUUUUAAAUCAGAAAUUUCAGAUUAAUGUCAGAAUUCUGUCAAAAAAAAGUCAAAUAUCUGAGAUUAAAGUCAGAAAUUUGUGGGGAAAAGUGAAAAGUCAGAUUUUUAAAUCUGAAAUUUGAGAUCAACCAACAGAAUUCAGUGAUAAACGGUGAAAGAGUUUAAAGCCAGAAAUUUGAGAUUAAAGUCAGAAUUUGGUGGAAAAAAGACAUAAUUGUGGCUUUAAAAUGCUAAGUCUGAGCUUGUUGUCAGUCUGUGGUUUUCCCUUCAGGUGGAUGUGCUCCAGCUGUUCGCAUUUAAAGGUUCGUUAUUCGUGGUUUUACAGAGAAUCACCUGCAUGAGCUCAUCCUUUCCUCUCAGGUUUUCUUCCGGUUUGACGAAGCAGAUUCAUGAAGUUGUUUUCUGAAUAAUGUGGGUUCUGCUGGUUUUCCUCCUUGUCUUCAUCAGCUGCUGUGCUCAUUCCUUCACGUUUGAAUAAAAACACUCAAAUGA